CUGACGAUCUACGACGACGACAAUGGCCACUCACCGCCUCCUCGAAGCCUUCCGCACCUCCAAGCCCGCCUUCGGCGCAUGGCUCACACUGCCCGGGGCGUUCAACGCGCGGGUCGCCGCGACCGCGUCGCCUCACCUCUCCUGGCUGCUCAUCGAUUGCGAGCAUGGGAUGACCUCGCUCCAGCCCGGCGCAGCUGAGAGCAUCGUCGCGAUAUCCGGGUUGGGAAAGGACGCGCCGAGCACUAUAGUGCGCAUCCCUGCGACGGGUGCGUGUGCGGAUGGAAGUGCGGGGUGGCAGGUCAAGUAUGUGCUGGAUGCGGGCGCGAGGGGUGUUUUGGUGCCAAUGGUAUCUACAGCGGCGCAGGCGAAGUCUGUGGUCGCCGCCGCUCGUUUCCCACCCAAGGGUAUCCGCGGCUUCGGGAGCCCCUUCACACAGACGGCGUGGGGCAUAUCCGUUGCGGACUACCUUGCCACCGCGAACGACGGUGUCAUAGUCAUGACUCAAGUCGAAACGGUCGACGCGGUGAAGAACCUGGAUGAAAUACUCUCUGUGGACGGUCUCGAUGGCGUGUUCAUCGGGCCGUACGACCUGUCCCUCGCGCACGGCUACCCGCCGCCAUCGCCGGAUCCGCACCCUGACAUGGAAAUAAUCAUCCAAGACAUCCUGCGCAAAUCGCACGCGAAGGGAAAGAAGUGCGCCAUCUACUGCACAUCCGGCUCGCAAUCGGCAAAGCGUGCGGAGGAAGGUUUCGACAUGAUCAAUGUUACUUCUGACAGUGGUGCGAUGGCCCAGGCUCUCGCGCAUAGUCUUGCUGUUGCUGCUGGAGAGCAGGUUGGACCGCAGGGGUUGAGGUACUGAGGACAAACGCGGCUACACAUUGCAGAACAGCAGCAUAUCCAGUCUGAAGUGAUGUACACAACUGCGUUGGAACCAAAGUUGAACAUUGCCA